GGCGCCGGCCGAGAUGCCGUGCCGGCCGGGCGAGCGCUUCCUGCUGCUGGAGCGCUCGGUGGCCGUGGGGCCGGCCGGCUCCAAGGAGGUGGACGCGCUCGUGGCCAAGCUGGGCGAGGUGCUGCAGCUCAGCGCCCAGCGGGCGCCGCCGCCCCGCGCCCCGAAGCACCUGGGCCCCGGCAGCGCCCGCGACCGCGCCGCCCCCUACUCGCCGCGCUGCAGCGGCGGCGGCCUCCUGGCGCCGCGGGGGCCGGCGCCGCUGCCCGCCCACCACCUGCACCAGCCCCGCGCCGAGUCCCCGCGCCCGGAGCGCGGCAGCCACCAGCGGGUCACCAAGCAGCUGUGCGGCCGCGGCUGGCUGCGGAGCGCCGCCCGCCGGAGGAAGCAGCCGCCGCCGGGGCCCGGCGAGGGGCCGGAGGAGGAGGAGGAGGACCCGCACCGGCUCCUGCAGCAGCUCAUCCUCUCCGGGAACCUCAUCAAAGAAGCCGUGCGGCGGCUCCAGCUGGCGGCCGCCGCCGCGGCCUCCACGGCGUGCAGCGGCGGCGCCUCGGCGGGGAGCGGCGGCGCGGACGGCGAGGCGGCGGCUCGGCUGCCCCUGCAGUAG